UAUAUGGUAUAAUAACACCAAAGCCGAAUCGUUAUUAAAUAAUAAAUAACAAAGAAUAAUUGGGCCAAUAAAAUCAUAACAGUCGAAGCCUAUAAACCAUACCAAUCGACCUAAUUGAGAAUUACGUGUUUUUUUAUCGAAUUUAGUUAUAUCAAGUUGGUACGCUUGAUUUUAAAUCUUAAACGAUCCUCAUCGUAUUUGAUAAUAUUUGUUGUUUCUUUUGAACAUUUAUCAUUUGUACAUUCUUAUGGUAGUAUUUCUUUUAUAUUAAAGUAAAAGUAUCUGUCCAAUACAAACACGCAGAGGUACAUUUGGGCAGAAAUUCAAAAGAUGAGGAGAAACAAAAAGAAUAAAACUCGUACCACAAUAUGCUUAUCAGAAAGAAAAGAAAGUAUGAAAUUAUUGGUAUCUUCUAAACCAGAAAAUAAAAGUUUACCUUAUAAAGCGGAUAAAAAAUGUAAUGUAAAAACCAAGUUUAAUGGAUUGAAUACUAAUUUUACAUCAAGUACAGAUGAUACAUUAGUUGAACAAACGGAAACCACUAUAACUGCUGAAAAUAAACAAGAUGAAACAAAGAAAAUGGAUGAAACCUAUGAACUUAGUGAACCAGAGACUCCCACUUUGCAACGAAUAUUGAAGGGAAAACGAAAUACGAAGAAAAAUAAUUUAAAUAUCAAAUCUGAAAAAAAGCAUUUAAAAGUAAAGUUUGAAGAUCCUAUACUAGGUCUUCCUAGCAUAGUGAAUAAGACAAGCUCAGAAAAGAAUAUUUCAACAUCAUCGACUAAAAUCUUUCGUAAAAGAACAAAUUCUGUAGAUAACAAAAUCAAUACUAUCACUGAUUCAAAAUUUCUUGCUACUAAAGAAGUUCCAAAUUUUGCUGAAAUUCACAAAAGAAUGUUCGGUAAAUUGGAGUCUGUCGUUGAUGCGAAGAAACGACUGGAAGACAGACAUGCAACAUUAACUACAGUUAAGCUCAAUAAGUCAAUGAAUCUUAGUAUUAAUUCAAAGGAAAAGGAUCAAUUACUUAACAAACCAAAUAAGAGUGCUUAUAAUCAAUUAGGAUUUAAAAUAAAGAAACAGGAAGCUAUUGAAUGCAUUUUAAGAAAUAACAGUAUACAAAAUACAAGAAGCAAAGUACAACAGCAAAGCCGGGCGAUUCUAAAAGGCGUAAGAACAAAUCGACGAUUCGAAUUACAGAUGAAAGCGAGAAAUCUAAUUCUCUAAUCCAGGGACCAAUCUUUAUUUUCUCUCUCUCUCUCUCUCUCUCUCUCUCUCUCUCUCUCUCUCUUUCUCUUUCUCUUUCUCGUACUUCUCUAAACUUCCUUUUGUUUAUCAAUACAAUUCAGUAUAUUUCAAUUAUUUUCCAUAAUAUUCAUUGAUAUUAUGAGCAUACUAAUAAGAAUUAAUAGAUAAUUUAACAAACAUAUAACAUGAAAAUUACUUAAGUUCAACGUAAAAACAUAAUGGAUAUAUUUAAAUUUUCAAUUCUUGCAGUAAAUAACGAGUCAGUGUACCUUCGGAUAUAUAUAUGUAUGUAUUAUUUGUAUUUAGGUAUUUGCAUUUAUAUUACGAAACGCGUAGAAUCGUUCAACUGUACCCUAACUGCAGUACGAAUUGCUGUGCGAAAAGUACUGGCGACUGGGGUGCGGGGAAAAUGUAAGAUAUGCGGUGAAUAUAUUUUUUAUCGUCCUACUGCUGUCUCCAUCUGUAUUAUUACACAGUAGUAAAUUUGUGUGUAUACCUUCCUUCUUCCUUGGACCGAUUUCUGUGCCCCGGUUCGCGUUAGAAUUGUGCGAAUACAUAUCCAUAUAUAGUCAAAACCAACACAUGAAGAAUAAACAAAUAUUCGUA